AUGGCUAAAGCAUACAGACAAUCUGAUUUUAACAGCUUGAUGGAAAUAGUUCAAAAUGUAGAUGUGAGAGUUAAGGAAUAUUUGGAGUUGGCAGGAUAUGACAAGUGGUCAAGGGUGUAUGCACCUGUUCACAGAGGAUGGACAAUAACAUCAAAUAUUGAGUCUAUUAAUUCAGCACUGGUUACACCGUCAACAGACUACUUAUAUGCAGUAAAUGACAAAGGAAAAUCCUUUAUUGUUUGCCUUGAAAACAAAAAAUGCAGUUGUAGACAGUUUCAAUAUGAUGAAAUACCAUGCCCGGAUGCUUUGGCUAUUUUAAAAAAGAAGAAAUUCAAAGCAGGUCCAUAUUGCUCAGAUUAUUACAAGCCAGAAAUUGUGUUGAAAACAUAUGAGAUUCUAGUGUAUCCUUUUCCAGAUGUGAUUGACUGA